UACGGAGGAAGCACAAUCAACAAUGGCACGGGAAGGUGAAGGUCAGGUCCUUUGUAUGUUCUGUUGAACUGAACGCCCCCUGAAUUUGGAGGCUGAAGCCACUGCUUCUCACUUCUCUUCCCGGCACUCUCCAAAAUUGAGCAGCAAAAUGUCCAUUUCCAUCUCACCUUAUCUUCUUCCCCCGUCUCCCUCCAUUUUUGCCUCCUCGGGGCGCCCUUCAAUUUUCCCCAAAUCCUUCUCCCGCCCCCACCUCCUUCAAUCUUAUUCGUCCUCGCCCCGUAAAACCCUGGUCUUCUCCAGCUCCUCCGAGGAAGCGGAGCUCUCAGCGACCCAAGACGAGUGGCUCAAGAGCCUCCCCGAAAGGAACAAGCCCCUCUACUCUCACAGCCUUCCCUGUGUAGAGGCCUGGUUGAAGCAAUUAGGGUUUUAUCAGAGCCAAGACGACCGCGCCGUUUGGUUCAUUGAGAAGCCCGAUUGGCACGCUCAGUUAUCUCUCGAUGUUACCGACCUCUAUAUAAGGUACCUGAAGAGCGGACCUGGAAACCUUGAAAAAGAUGUGGAGAGGAGAUUCAGUUAUGCGCUGAGUAGAGAGGAUAUUGAAAAUGCCAUUCUUGGAGGACCAUAAGCAUAGGAGUUAGAAGUCCAUUUUUGCUUGAUUUCGAGAAUAUAGGAGUUUUAUUUUGUCUCUCAAUUGUACAUUAGCGACUUUGCAAAAAAAUUAGCUUGUUUAACGUAUAGACCACCUUCCAGUAAAAUAUUUAUUAUGGUAUUUGGAUAUUUUUUUGAACGAUUAAUCUUUAGAAUGAGUUAUAUGGAAAGAGUUUCUGGCUUA